AUGGGAGGAAGUCAGAAUGAGGUUUACUCCAUCGUCUUACUUGGUAAGAAGGGCAAUGGGAAAAGCUCGACCGGUAAUAGUUUACUCGGGAAAAGGUUAUUUAAGUCCAAUGCUAACUUUGGUAGCGGCACAGCAGCUUGUGAGCUACAAACGAUCAAGCUAAAAAACGGGCCAAUUCUUAAUAUUAUUGACACUCCCGGGUUGUGUGAUAUGGGUGGAGAUGAGAAAACCGAGAAGGAAUUCGCGAAAUGCAUUGAUAUGGCAAAAGAAGGUAUCAAUGCUAUUGUUUUGGUCCUCUCGGCAAGGUUCCGUUUUUCGCAAGAAGAAAAAUAUGCUAUCGAGACCUUGUUCGAGCUAUUCGGUGGCAAAAUUACGGAUUACAUGAUUUUACUUUUUACCGGCGGUGAUAACUUGGCGAAGAAUGAAGAGACUCUGGAUGAGUACUUGGGUCGUGAUUGUCCCCAGCCCUUGAAGGAAAUACUUGAAAAGUGUGGAAACAGAUGCGUUCUGUUUGAUAACCGGACAAAAGAUUCGCGCAAGAAACGAAAGCAACUUGCGGAACUUCUUGUUCUAGUUGAUGAGAAGGAGAUGAAACUGCGUACUAAUCGUGUACCUGAUGAUGCAAAUUCAUCUAAACAUGAGGAGCAAUCAGCAAUUAUGAUGUAUCAAAAGCAGCUUAUGAGAAUGACUAAUAUGAUUGAGUCGUCAAAUAUGAGUGAGGUGACUCGUAAGCUCGAGCUGCAAGUGGCCGAGGAGUGUGAGGCUCGGCUCAAGGCAGAGGCUGCAGCUAAAGAUGCUUACAAGCAAUCUGAAGAACUUCGCAAGAUGAGUGAUGCUUUGCAGAAAGCUCAUAGACAGCUCGAAAAGCUUAGAACCGAAGCAACAAACAACAUCUGCCAUAUAUUGUAA